UUACUCCACCAAAAAUAUCAUCCUUCAUCUUAUCCAACGCGUUAACCAAACCCCUUGGCGUAUUAUAGCAAAAACACCUGUCUACACACAACAUUCGAGAUCCUUCUACACCCUUCACCCCCUUCGUUUUUAAGCUCUCCAAAAAAAUACCCCAAUUCAAAUUCAACUUCCACUUCUACUGUUCUUUUCAAUUUUGAUCUUUCUCAGUAAGCAGAAACACUCAAAAACACACUAACCACUACGAAUUUGUGCUCAAAUGGCUUCAGAAGGAGAGCUAUCAGUAUCUCGUUUGAUCGAGAGGCUCAUCGAGAUGCCUUUCCUUUCAGGCUUCAUAACAACUAGGCCGGAAUCGGAUUCCAGUCACGAUUCCGAACAUCCGGAUCAUGAAUCUACAAACAGUCUUCAUCAUCAGGGUUCGUCACUCGACCGGAUCAUCCUGAUCAACCCGGUGACGCAAGGAAUGGUGGUGAUCGGAGGUGGCGCUACUACAGGUUUCGAAUCUCUGAUGAACGAUCUGAUGCGGAAGGACGGCCAGCCACCGGCGUCUCAAACGUCGAUCGACGCCAUGCCGACUGUGGAGAUAAAAGGUACGGAUGAAAUAGAGAGUUUAGGGGGUGAGUGUGUGAUAUGUUUGGAAGAGUUGGGGGUUGGUGAUGUGGUGAAGGAGAUGCCAUGUAAGCAUAAGUUCCAUGGUGGGUGUGUGGAAAAAUGGCUGAAGAUUCAUGGGUCUUGCCCUGUUUGUAGGCAUAAGAUGCCUGUAGAUGAUUCAGAUAAGAAGAUUGGGGAUGAAAGUGGUGGAAGAAGAAGAAGAGAAAUUUGGGUUUCGUUUUCGUUUGCUGAAGGGAGAUCAACAAGUGAAGAAGAAUCAGUAGAAUCAAAUCAGCAGGAAUCAGUGUAGUUUGGAUGAGUUAUUUUUGUGAAUAAAUCUUUGUACAAAUGGUAAGGGCUCUAUUGUUUUUUUCUUUAAUGAUUUCAUGUGAAUGCAAAUGGUUGGAGAUUUUA